CACCAUAGAAUUCGAUUUGGACGACUCGGACACUUUGCGAUCUUGAUGCUUGAGACACUGGCAUUAUCUUUGUCGUAGUUGAAAACGGAGAACCUGAAGAUGAGGCAGGGAGUAGAUUGAAAGCGUUCAAGCCAGGCCAUUGAAGAAUCCAGCCAUGGACCCCGGAAACCAUUUACGAAUUCACGGAACGAAGGGUAUGAUAUGGAACGUAGGAGUAAAGCAAAUUGGAUUCUCGCAGUCCUCGGGACAGACAGCGGAACUUGAACCAAUGUCAAAGUCCAUCUUCUAUCACCCGGAGGAUUCCACGCUACAUGCAUAUAAAAAAGUCGACACCAUGAUCUACCCUUGAAUUCCCUCCGGUCAGCACCUGACUAUGUCUAUAGCCAUUCCGUUGUGGCCCUUCGUAACCGUGACUCUGGCCAUUAUCAUUAUUUUCGUCCUUGACUCCCAUCGCAGGAAACGACAUUACCCUCCUGGACCCAAGCCUCGACUUUUCGUAGGGAACUUGUUCGAUAUCCCCACAAUUGAACCAUGGAAAGUCUAUAACGAUUGGAGGAAAUUCUAUGGCGCCCUGAUCCAUCUCGAAAUUAUUGGAUACCACAUAGUCGUCGUCAACUCUCGAACCCUUGCUGAUAGGAUGCUCGAAAAGCGUUCAAAAAUUUAUUCAGAUCGCCCUUUCAUCCCUAUGAUGGACUUGAUGGGCUGGACGACGCUGAACACCGCUCUAUUGCGGUAUGGUCCGGAUUGGCGGAUGCACCGAAGGUUGUACAAACAGGGAUUUCGAGCCGCUGUCGUUCCAGACUACCAGCCUAUACUAUUCUCAAAAGCCGAUCAAUUCUCGUCAAAUUUGCGCCAAAGUCCAGAUUCGUUUGUGGCCCACACCAGGACCUAUGCCGCAGCUACUAUACUCGCAACGGUGUAUGGCUAUGACAUCUCACCAUCCAAUGACAAGCUUGUUGAGAUCGCAGAACAGGCAGCUGCGACAAGCUCGGAUUCUUUCCAUCCUUCGUCAGUUGUGGUGAACGUUUUGCCAUUUCUUCGCCAUCUUCCCCUUAGGUUUCCAAUAUUUGCUUUCCAACGGAUCGCGCGAAGAACACGAAGAAUACUGAAUGAAAUGCGGAAGUUGCCAUACGAGUUUGUCAAGAACGACAUGGUGACAGGAAAGGAUAACUUUUCUUUACUCGCAAAGUUUCUCGAGAAACACACGGUCAACGGCGGGGACGACCACCAAGAAGACCUAAUAAGAAAUGCACUCACUACAGCUUACGCAGCCGGCGCAGAGACAACGUCUUCAGUACUCGUGACUUUUUUCCUCGCUAUGGGUCUUCACCCGGAUAUCCAGAAACGUGCCCAACGUGAAAUCGACACUGUCAUAGGAAACCGUCAGUUUCCGUCUUAUGCUACGGAUUAUUCUAAUUUGCCAUACGUUGAGGCCAUCUUGCGGGAGACGCUGCGUUGGUCACCGGUUACUCCUCUCGGUAUUCCUCAUACGGCUUUCUUGGACGACACGAUAGAUGAUUAUUUCAUUCCAAAAGGUACUACCGUCAUCAGUAACAUCUGGUAAAUAUCGUACACAUAGGCCACAGAUCCUCAACAUCGUUAACUAUAAUCUGCUUCUUUUCUUUCUAGGGCCAUGACUAGGGAUGAAUCUGUCUACCCAGAACCAGAGUCUUUCAACCCAGACAGAUUCCUCACAGAAGACAGAGCGUGUAAUGAGGACGAAGUGUUGGUAGCGUUUGGAUUUGGGAGAAGGGCUUGUGCAGGACGACACUUUGCGGUCUUGACACUUAGAACUGCAAUGGCCGCGAUUUUGUCGCAGUUCGAAAUUGGACAACCUGAGGAUGAGGCAGGGACGCCAAUCAAAAGUUUGGCUGAUGUUAAGUAUUCUGAUGGUCUGAUAAGCCAACCCAGUCAUUUUCGAUGUGUGAUAAAACCGCGGACGAAGUGAAUUGUAAUUGUAUCGGAUGCAGGUGUCCAAAAAUGAAUGAAUUCGAUGUACUAUGGCUAUAGUAUAUCCUGUUCUCUAUCAAUCUAUCUCGUCCUGUGAGUGGUCACAGGACCUUUUCACAGUCGAAAUGUUACAGUGCAACGGUUUCCUGUGUCGGUUAACAUCCUUAUAUGCUAUGAUCUCGGUCCUUAAGACCAUUGAAUACAAUACAUACCCGC